AUGAGCAUCGGCUCCAUCGAGACCUUCGAAGGUGUCCCCUUUGGCGGCAACUUGAACCAGAAAGGCCCCGCGAAACGAAUAUAUGACCCCAUGCCAAAGCCCGCGUUUAGAAACCUACAUGUGAGUGUGACUGUGACUGACCUUCCUUUUCUCAAUGUGCAGUUCGAGCAUGACACAAUGCAGAGACAGUAUUUCAAGGACAGGGCAGCACUUGAAGCCGAGUUUCAACAAUCUUGUCUACCUCUGCACAAUCAGAUUUCGUAUCAUAUUGUUCCUUAUUUUUGGCUCAAAGCUUUGACCAACAACAAAGUGCUACGUGCUAAGAUUACUGAGCACGAUGAACGAGCUCUUAAGUUUCUUAGAGACAUCAAGUGGUCUAAAACAGAUAGCCAAAGGGGGUUUGGUUUCAAGCUUGAGUUCUUCUUUGACAGCAAUCCUUUCUUUCAAAAUCCUGUCUUAACAAAGACUUAUGACAAGAUUGACAAAGAUUUACCCAUUUUAAGAAAAGCAAUAGGGACUGAGAUAGAAUGGUAUAGCAGAACACGUUUGACACCAAAUCUCAAUGAGAAGAGGCUUUAUGAGGGCACUAACAAUUGGGGAAGUUUCUUCAACUUUUUCAGUCCACCCCAAGUCCCCAAAGUUAUAGAUGGAAAAGCGGCCAAGGAAAUCCAAAACCUUAUGGAACAAGAUUAUGAAAUUGGGUCAACCAUUCGAGAGGUCAUUCCCUAUGCUGUGUCAUGGUUUGCAAAAAGUGUACCAACUUCUGCCACCUCUCUCCUCGGUAAUUCACCUAUCAGAAUAUCCAAUCCUGCCUCUGGAGGAAUUCUCAACGACCAGGCAGUGCUCCUGAGCGCUUUCAAUGAUAAGAUGCAGAUUUUAGAUGGGCAGGACUCCGUUAUCCUCAGGGGCCUGGGAAAUAUCCAGGCAUGA